AUGGAUAAAUUAAAGUCGGUUCUGAGCGGUGAGGAGGCGCGCAGAGAUGACCAGAACAUUAUACAGCAAAUGAACCAAGCUUCGACUUUAGGCUGGGGCACACGUAUAAAGGGAUUCAUCGCCUGCUUCGUGGUGGGAGCCGCAUGCACAGUUCUGGCCGUGUGUGUGCUCUUCCUCCCCAAGAUUGGGAUCACUCUCUUUAUUGUCUUUUACACAUUUGGCAACAUAUGUGCUCUGUGCAGCACAAUGUUUCUGAUGGGCCCAAUGAAGCAGCUGAAAAGGAUGUGUGACAAAACAAGAGCGCUGGCUACUACCAUUAUGUUGACUUGCCUCGUUCUGACUCUCUGUGCGGCUUUCUGGUGGAAGAACUUUGGACUUGCUUUGUUGUUUGUUAUCUUGCAAGUCUUGUCAUUUACCUGGUACAGCUUGUCAUACAUCCCAUGUGUGAGAGAAGCAAUCAUGAGGAUGCUGGCCAUGUGCAUCAAAUAG